CCAAAACCCCACCCCCAGGCGCCUCCUGGGCCUCUGCUUGGGUAGGCUACUCCAGGAAGUUUCCAUGAAAGCACCUGUAAAACUACGGUACCUUUGCCAGGAGAAAAAAAUCCAGCACCCAGUAAGGUGAGUUGCAGCCAAAAACUUUGGGCUCUUUUGGGAAGAGGAAGGGAAGUUGAGAAGCUUCCUAGACCUGGUGGUGCAGCGCUCUGCCUCAUGGCUUCACCCCACAGCCCCGGCAGUGACUGCUCCCACAUCAUCGAUCACAGCCAUGUCCCCGAGUUUGAGGUGGCCACCUGGAUCAAGAUCACUCUCACCCUCGUGUACCUGGUCAUCUUUGUUGUGGGUAUCCUGGGGAACAGCAUCACCAUUCGGGUCACCCAGGUGCUGCAGAAGAAAGGCUACUUGCAGAAGCAGGUGACGGAUCACAUGGUGAGUCUGGCCUGCUCGGACAUCUUGGUGUUCCUCAUUGGCAUGCCCAUGGAGUUCUACAGCAUCAUCUGGAACCCCCUGACCACGCCCAGCUACGCCGUGAGCUGUAAGCUUCACACUUUCCUCUUCGAGGCUUGCAGCUAUGCCACACUGCUGCAUGUGCUGACGCUCAGUUUUGAGCGCUACGUCGCCAUUUGUCACCCCUUCCGAUAUAAGGCCGUGUCAGGACCCUGCCAGGUGAAGCUGCUGAUUGGAUUCGUCUGGAUCACUUCCGCUCUGGUGGCACUGCCCUUGCUUUUUGCCAUGGGUAUUGAGUACCCUCUGGUGAAUGUGCCUAGCCACCGGGGUCUCACUUGCAACCGCUCGCUCACCCGCCACCACGAGCAACCUGAGACCUCCAACAUGUCCAUCUGCACCAACCUCUCCAGCCGCUGGACUGUCUUCCAGUCCAGCAUCUUCAGCGCCUUCGCCCUCUACCUCGUGGUGCUGGUGUCCGUAGCCUUCAUGUGCUGGAACAUGAUGCAGGCGCUCCUGAGGAGCAAGGGGGGACCGCCAGGGGAGCGCGGGAGGCAGCUGCAGCUGAGGAAGUCGGAGAGCGAGGAGAGCAGGACGGCCCGGAGGCAGACCAUCAUCUUUCUGAGGCUGAUCGUGGUGACCCUGGCCGUCUGCUGGAUGCCCAACCAGAUUCGGAGGAUCAUGGCCGCGGCCAAACCCAAGCACGACUGGACGCGAUCCUACUUCCGGGCGUACAUGAUCCUCCUGCCCUUCUCGGACACGUUCUUCUACCUCAGCUCGGUCAUCAACCCGCUGCUGUACAACGUGUCGUCGCAGCAGUUCCGCAGGGUGUUCGCGCAGGUGCUGCGCUGCCGCCUGGCGCUGCCCCACGCCAACCACGAGAAGCGCAUGCGCGCGCUCUCCGCCCCCGGCGCGCCCAGCGCGCGCUCCGCCCGCCGCCCCCUGAUCUUCGGCUCCUCCCGGCGCGGCUCCUCGGCCAGGAAGGCCGACAAGGUUUUCCUCAGCACUUUUCAGAGCGAGGCCAAAGCGGAGUCCAAGCCCCAGCAAUCGAGUCUCCAGUCGGUGGAGCCCAACUCCGCGACGAAACCCGCCAAUUCUGCCGCAGAGAACGGUUUUAAGGAGCAAGAAGUUUGAAUGUUGAGGAAUGAAGCUUU